AAAGAUUGUGGAGAGUGGUAGAAAAAAAAAAACAAAGUCUAAUUAAAAAAUAAAUAAAUAAUAAUUUAUAAUUUCAAAAAAAAGCUAAUAAUAAAAGGAAAACAUGUUUCGAAUUCAGAUAUAUUUGUUGUUUAUCACAAUGAUUUGUGCAUUUGCUGAUUUACCACCUGGUACAAGAAGAAAUACAUAUUUACCACCAGAUCCAACAAAAGGUUAUGAUUAUAAUCCACCACCAGUACCAUUUCCACCAUCACGACAACCACCAUCACAAUUUCCACCAUCAAGACCACCAACUGGUUUUCCAGUUGGUCCAACACGUCCAACACCACCAGUGCCAUUUCCAACUGGACCAUCAAGACCACCAACAGUACCAUCAAGACCAACACAAGGUUAUCCAUCACCAGGACCACGUCCAACACCUGGUUUUCCAACAAGACCACCACCAACACCACAACGUCCAAUUGGACCAACUGGUUAUCCAGCACCAGGACCAAGACCAACACCAAAUUUCCCAGAUUAUCCUGGUCAACCAACUGGCAAUAAUGGAAACACAAUACCAUCUGGUCACGAUGACCAUCAUCAUGAGCCUGGUAUGCCAUUCGAUUUUAAUUAUGCUGUGAAAGAGGAUGCAUUUGGUAAUGAUUUUUCACACAAUGCAAUAAGUGAUGGAGACGUAACGAGAGGACAAUAUAAAGUCCAACUUCCGGAUGGUCGAAUACAAGUAACAAAAUACACUGCUGACUGGAAACAUGGAUACAGUGCACAGGUUACCUAUGAAGGCACUCCACGUUUGGAUUUGCAAAGACCAUCGGGAAAUUUUAGGGGUUAUUAAAUCAACCCCAUCAUAAUCUUUAUCAUCACUCUCUCAAUCGAGACACACUAUUCAACCCUUUUCACACAACGGUACUAGAUACUUUUUAUUAUUUUUUAUUCCACUUCAUUUUUUUCAUCAUAAAAAUUUAAUUAUAUUAAUAUUGAAAAGUGUGAAAAUUAUAAAAAUUUAAUUAUA